AUGCAGCUGGGUAAACAACUCCUGCUGCUCGGCCUCACCAACACAACUCUGAACCUGACUGUUCCUGCACAGGACAACGUCUUCAUGUCAUGGGCACAUUCUUACGCGGACUUCCACAACCCCUCCAACUGUUGGGUAUGCGGGGCUAUGCCCCUGUCAGUAAUGGACGGACUCCCUUGGUGGGUAUCGCCACUCCACUAUGGGGACUUUAUACCACUGUGCUCCUUCUUAGAGCAACAGAAAGGAACUUUCCUCUCUCUCACCAACCAUAACCUUUCUUUGCUCUCCUGGUGUAAGAAAAAGCCAUCAAUGGGCCAGGGACAUAGGGUUACAUUUAACAUGAACACUAGUCUUAUGGAGGUAACAGGGGCUUAUACCUCAUAUAUGAAAAAUAAAAAGGAGAGGGGCUCCCUUACAGAAGGGGGGCAGGCCUCCCGGUACCUUGAGCAAUACUACCAGGUCUGGGAUGAACAUUUCUGGAUGACUCCUGAGAAAGGACAGUUGAUUGCUCCUGCUACUAUUUGCUGGGAACAAAAAGCACACAAAGUUGGAUUUGGAGGCCGCCCAGACCCAAAAGUAUUCAAAUAUAUGUGUUAUUUGUCCCCUGAACAAUGUAAACAAAUCUUGGAAGUUACCUAUCACCCCAAUCGGUCUGCUCAGUGGCCCGGUUCCGACUGGAAAUAUAAUCCCAGAAUCCGCUGGGUCGCCCCCAAUGGGACCCAGUGGCUCUGUGGGCUUAACUUACGGGCAUGGUUACCAGUUGGCUGGGUGGGACGUUGCACACUAGGAUUUGCUUUCGCCCAUGGCAGUAUUAAGCCUAGCCUACACCAGCCUCCAGUAAACCUGCCCUAUCUGCAUGCAAGAUGGACCCGAUCCAUGUUCCAAUGGUAUGACUAUCCUGCCUUGUUUGUACCCUCUAUAGGGACAACGGAUAUCAUGGUUAGGGCAGAGGCCUUAACUAAUUUCACUAAACAGGCCCUCUUAGACAGUUCAAAGGCCACUCAAGCCUUGAACGAAGAACAAAUUCAGAUGAGGAAAGCAGUAAUUCAAAAUAAGACAUUAGACAUACUCACAGCAGCCCAAGGGGGGACUUGCGCCAUAAUUAAAGCCGAAUGUUGUGUAUACAUUCCUGACCUGUCUGGAAAUGUAUCUACUGCCUUGGAGGAUAUGCAAAAUCAAGUGAAAGCCAUGUCUAAGGAAAAUAUUCCCUUUUGGACUUUGGUCCUGUCCUGGGUAAGGGGAGUCUGGUGGAAAACCACUGUAACCGUUGUUAUAGUAGUCUUAAUCACACUCUUUUGUGGGCCCUGCUUCCUACAAUGCCUUGUGAAUUUUGUAACCCGGACGUUGAUAGUGUUCUCUCGUGUGGGUGACUAGGAGGAUGAGGGACAAUACAUCUCAAUGAAUGAUGCUCGUUACGGAAACUACGACGUCUGCCACUGCAGUCUGGACGCACACGUGAGACCCCCAGGCCAGCCCUCAGAGAUGAGGGAGCGCUGCUGGUGGAUGAGCCCACCCCCUCCACCCCGGCAGGACAGCCGGGCGUGUUCUGCAGGACCCCUCAGAGGGGCCCCCGCUGCCCUCGGAGGCAGCCUGCUGGUUGACCUUCGUCCAGACGGUGUCACCGCUCCUGGCCAGGAUAUACUCAUCAGGGCACACGGGAACGAUCGAUCCAUUUUCCAGAAUGCUGUGAGGAACAAAGCAUCUCGGCAGCAACCACGUAGGGGGAGCGGGCGGAGGCGUCCGAGCCUGGGGGGCCCGGAGCCGGGGGGCCGCGUGGAGCGUGAGGCUGCAGGGGUCAGCGGUCAGGGCAAGCGGGGUCGGCGGACACAGCCCGGAGAGGCGUUGCGCUGUGAUUGCUGUUGUUUCGGCAUGAACACACGCUGCUGUGUUUUCGUCCUGACAGGCCGGGAGAGGGACCGCUCGGCAGCCGUCACCACAGCUGGCGUGAACGCCGAGGUGGAGGCCCGCUCUAGGCACCACCUAGGUCAAGAGUGA